AUGCCUCUAAUCUCACGUACCUUCUGCCGCAUGAGGGCGUCCAAUUACCGGCUCAGUCGACGUCGCCGAUGGCGAUUCUAUUGGCUUUUGGCUAACGCUCUGGAAAAAGAUCAAUGGAGCAUCAGUGCGAAAAUGGCCAGCUCACUAGACACACGGAAACUAUUAGCCACAUUGCUGUUGGCUCUCUGCUUUUGCUUGGGAGGAUCAAAGGAUACCGAUCCGGAUGCCAAGUGGAUGGCCCCUCUUAAGCAAUAUGGAUAUACAGCCCAACAUCUGAAGAACAAAGUGGAACAUGGGGAAUUUACCACCUUCGAAUUGGGAACUCCCAAUUACCAAAUCCUGAAUCCCGAAGACGAACCGGAAUAUAUUACUGCCGAUCAACCACAUUAUCAGGAAAUGUUGAAACGAUUGACAAGUGCUCAAAGUGGAUCGCAUACCAUCGAUAUGGAAACAGCCGGCAGUCCGGUUAAAGUUCCAGAUCCUCCCAAACAAUGGAAACCUUUAACGCAAAAAAGUACUCAAAACAGUGAGGUUGCUAAAUCAAGGCAUCUACUUGGACUUAAACGCUGGGAGAAACUGAAGAAGCGCAGCUCUCUUUUAAGGAAAAGUUAUCAAAAUGCAGGAUUGGAAUCGGAUGCAGCCAGUGAACUAAGUCUUCUCCCGAAUAUUCAGGUUUAUCCUGGAGCCAGACCAUUCCAAAGUCGUGUGGCCAAUCUUAAUUGAUCAUAAAUAAAUCCACGGUCUCCG